GUAAGUAAGGAAGGAAGGAAGGAAGGAAGGAAGGAAGGAAGGAAGGAAGGAAGGAAGGAAGGAAGGAAGGAAGGAAGGAAGGAAGGAAGGAAGGAAGGAAGGAAGGAAGGAAGUAAAUCAUGAAUACCGCUCAAAGAAGCGAGACAAACCCUUUUUUGCAAUACUAGAGAGGUUAAGCAUCACGUUUACGUCGAACGGCAAACGCGAAUUUGUACCAUGUGACCAAGUUAACCCUUUGCUUGUCGCCUACUGUUCACUAUUUAUCCAAAUAAAUUAGUAGUUUCAUGCAAUUUUUUUUAUCCAUAAGAAGNAAGUAAGUAAGUAAGUAAGGAAGGAAGGAAGGAAGGAAGGAAGGAAGGAAGGAAGGAAGGAAGGAAGGAAGGAAGGAAGGAAGGAAGGAAGGAAGGAAGGAAGGAAGGAAGGAAGGAAGGAAGUAAAUCAUGA